GGGGUCGUUCUCGGCCGGCAGUGGUGCUGGUGCGCUACUCCGCGCAGCCCGAGGUUAAUCUUCCCCAUCGCUCUCACCUGCCCAGGUCGCGGGGCCGCGAGACCGCGGGAAGGACUCCGGCAGAGUCCGGAGCGGGGCGGAGAUGGAGUCAGUGGUUUUUGAAGAUGUGGCUAUGGACUUCACCCCAGAGGAGUGGGCUUUGUUGGAUCCGGCUCAGAGGAACCUCUACAGAGAUGUGAUGCUGGAGACCUUCAGGAACCUGGCCUCAGUGGGAGAAAACUGGAAAUGCCAUAGCAUUGAAGAUGAGCAUAAGAACCAGGGGACACAUUUGAGAUGGCGUGUGGUGGAGAUACCCUCAGAAAAUAAUGAAAGUAAUCAAUGUGGAGAAACCAACCAGAUUUCCAAUCUUAUUGUACAUAAGAGACUUUCUACUGGAGUAAAAUCCUAUGAAUACAAUAAGUUUGAAAAACCCAUCAUGGAGUCUUCAUCCCUCAAGAGUCCCAUAGCAUCAUCUCAACAUGGACAAAAACCCUAUCAAUGUAAGGAAUGUGGGAGAACUUUUAUUUCUUACUCAUCCUUUGGGGCACACAUAAGAGCUCACACUGAAGAGAAACCCUAUGCAUGUAAAGAAUGUGGAAAAGCCUUUAUAUAUUUCUCCAAACUUAGAGUCCAUAUAAGAACUCACACUGGAGAGAAGCCUUAUGAAUGUGAAAAAUGUGGGAGAACCUUCAGAUCUCCCUCAAACCUUUGGACACAUAGAGAAACUCAUACUGUUGAGAAACCCUAUGCUUGUAAAGAAUUUGAGAAAUCCUUCUCUUCUCCCUCUUCUCUUAGAAAACAUGUGAAGGUUCACAGUGCAGAAAAAGCCUAUGAAUGUAAGGAAUGUGGAAAAGCCUUCCUUCAUUCUUUUUACCUGAUCAUACAUGCAAGGAUGCACACUGGAGAGAAAGCCUAUAGAUGUGUGGAAUGUGGGAAAGCCUACAGCUGGCCCUCAGACCUUAGGAUUCACAUGAGGACACACUCUGGAGAAAAGCCUUAUGAAUGUAAACUGUGUGGAAAAUCUUUCAGUUCUCCUUCAUCCUUUAAGGGACAUUUGCGAACUCACACUGGAGAGAAACCUUACGCAUGUAACAAAUGUGGGAAAGCCUUCAGUAGUCUUCAUAUUAGAACACAUGUGCGAAUUCACACUGGAGAGAAACCCUAUGUGUGUAAGCAAUGUGGGAAAGCUUUCAGUUGGUCAUCAUCUUUUCGAGGACAUUUGAGAACUCACAGUAGAGAGAAACCGUAUGAAUGUAAGGAAUGUGGUAAAGCUUUCAGUAGGCUUUCAUCCUUACAAAGACAUGUGAGAAUUCACACUGGGGAGAAACUCUGAAUGUCAGCAGUGUGGGAAAGCCUUUUAUACUCCCCUAUCCUUAAAAAAAAACACAUGGAAACUC